GUAAAUAGUGCACUACGUCACAGGUUUGUGUGUGUUGUUGAUCGAUAGUUAUUGUUAGCAUUUGACAGACACUAUCAAACACGGAAAAUGUCGGAGAAAGGGAACCCUCAGCUAUACCCGGACGGUGAUUACAAACAGCCUGACCAAGCCCCGCCAGGCUACACACAGGGACCCCCAGCCCCGGGUUACGGCCCACCACCCCCGGGUUAUCCCCAGCCCGGUGGUUACGGCUACCCCGCCGCCCCACCCCCGGGCUACGGAUAUGGGGCCGCUCCUCCUAUACAGGUGGUCAGCAGAGAUGCUGCGGCCCAUGUGUUGGUCCCACAGACAACGGGGCCGCCUCCCACGGACUACUCGACCCAGGCCUGGAUCGCAUGUCUCUGUUGCUUUUGGCCAACGGGCCUACUAGCCAUCAUGAAGGCGAACGAGUCCCGGAACGCGAGGGCGCGUGGAGAUAUGGUUGGGGCACAGAUGGCGUCGGACAGCGCCCGGACGUUUGUGAGGAUCAGCUGGGCGGCCGGGAUCCUCAGCAUCAUUGCCUCCGUCGUCUUUAUUGGAGUCUACGUGGGUAUUGUCCUGCCUAGCAUUAUGAACAAUCAUUACGACUAGACAAGCGAGGGGAUGGUGGAUAGAUGGAAGAGGGGGGUGGGGCGACGAUAUAUGAAAUGUGGCACAUAGGUUUGGGACCAGAAGUGGCCCUUUUAUUACACAUUUAAGUUGAUUUUGUCUUAACUGUGCGGGCCAUAACGUACAUACAUCCUUUCCAAUUAAAUGGCUUAUUUAUGCUAUUAGUUGUGUUAUCAACCAUCAGAUUGUGAUAAAUUCCACUACUUAUUGGACAUAUUUAUUAACCAAUAAUCAUUUGAUGAAUGUGUCAUUAUCCGCAUUAAAGGAAGUGCAUUUUAGAGGGUGUAUGUUAGUUAGUUUAAUGAUAGUUUACUUUUAAGUUCUAGUCGUUUUUAGGCACACGACAGCGCAUAUAUUAUUUAAGUUCCGGUUGCGAUGAUAAAAAUAUCAUGUGUUUUUCGGUGAUUCAGAUGAGUCAGGCCUAGAUAAAAAGAUGAAGGCCUUAUCUCAACUUAUUUUAAGUUUAAAAAAAGACAGGCUAUAAUGUUUUACUCUUUUAAUAUCAAUAAUAAUAAUAACAGAAGAACAAUUUCAACAUUAAAACAUUUAUUAUGACAGUGGACCAAAUGUUCGGAACUUGUUAAAGUCAUCGUUGCUUGUUAAAGUUAACAAUGCCUUUAAAGUCAUCGUUGCUUGUUAAAGUUAACAAUGCCUUUAAAGUCAUCGUUGCUUGUUAAAGUUAACAAUGCCUUUAAAGUCAUCGUUGCUUGUUAAAGUUAACAAUGCCUUUAAAGUCAUCGUUGCUUGUUAAAGUUAACAAUGCCUUUAAAGUCAUCGUUGCUAGUUAAAGUUAACAAUGCCUUUAAAGUCAUCGUUGCUAGUUAAAGUUAACAAUGCCUUUAAAGUCAUCGUUGCUAGUUAAAGUUAACAAUGCCUUUAAAGUCAUCGUUGCUUGUUAAAGUUAACAAUGCCUUUAAAGUCAUCGUUGCUAGUUAAAGUUAACAAUGCCUUUAAAGUCAUCGUUGUUGACUUUUAAGUCUUCACUGCUCUGGAAGAUGAGUGGAUACACUUUUGAUCUGCUGUAUUUCUAACAAGAUGUUAGAAUACUGUUUCAGCUGUACUUGUUUCUAUUUAGAUAUGUAAGCACAUGAACAACUAAUUCACGUUUUAAAGUUAUACAUGAUGCCUUUUAUCGCGUUGUUAACUUUAUUUCAUGUUAAAAGUUAUAGACGAUUUCGUUUUUCACAUUGUUAACUUUAUUUCACGCUGAAUAGUUAUAGGCCAUGUUGUUUAUCAUGUUGUUAACUUAAACAAUGUUCUGAACAUUCGUCCGCAUUGGUUUUAUCCAAACUUUGAAACUUUGUCUUUACCAGGUUGUAUAUAUGUUUCUUUUAAUGACCUUCAUUGCCAAAAGUGAAAAUGCUGGUGGUGAGAUAUAAAUAUAUUAUGGUUAAAUUUAUGGUAUACAGAUAUCUUUAGUGUUUAGCUGAACUCUCAUUUCUUGUCAGAAAACGAAGGCAUUUUUGAAAGGUUGUAUUUCUUGAAGAAACUUAAUAAAGAAAUAAAUCAUUUUUUACCAUUUUAAAAAAAUCAAUAUUCAUUUCAAAACAAUAAAACUUGCAUUGAAAUUGCCAAAUUUAAGGGAAUGUAAAAGUUCAAGUAAAGAUGUUUCUGUAAUACGCCCUUGGUUUUAUAUGAAUUAUCAUGUAUGUGAAAUGUAUUAAGUUAACUUUUAUCACAUUACAUAUUACUUAGCAACCCUGUUCGAUUGUAUUUUCUAUGACACAAUGUUUGUAUUCAUGAGGUAAUGAACCAAUUUUAUGUUGUUUUAUUUUUAAGUGGUUAUUUUUAAUGUUGAAUUUUAAUGUGUGAUUUUAUGGCAAAACCCAUUUACAAAGUGUUGUUAACCACGUUGUAAUCACAAACAUGUAGAUCUAAGGAGUGAUAUAGAUCUGAGAACUUUUAAUAUUGUUUGCAGUUCUAACUUUUCAUUUUAUAGUGUUACCAUGUUAAUUGUUGAAUUGUUGAAAAAUAAACGAGCAUUAUUAUCCUA